GUCGUUAAAGUGUAGGUAAAUAUGAUUAAUACAAGCACCUAGUUGGUUAAACCUAGAAUUCUACUAGAGUAGCAUCUAAUGUCAAGGUUCAAUCAAGUUCAUAUGAGUCAAGUUUGAGCCUCGUGCUGGCAAUGGGGGACAUGAAGACCCCAGACUUUGAUGAUUUGCUGGCAGCUUUUGACAUCCCAGACAUUGAUGCCAAAGAGGCCAUUCAGUCAAGUCCUGAGGAGGAAAAGGAUAAAGAUGGCACUGUUGGAGAUGAGGGAGCGAGUGAGUCUCCUCCAUGCUUUUCCUCUUCCUUACACAGUGACCCCCCUGUGGUCAGUGUUAUUGUGAAGAACAAGACCUACGAAGAUGAGGAGAAGUCUGUGGAGAAUAAAACAGACAGUUCCUCCAACAGUGGUUUGAACCCUCAGGUUAAAGUCAAGUUUGAUGAGCACACAUUGCAGCUUGGUCCUAAGAUUCCUGCAGAUUCGCCUCUGGAGCCUCAGAUUGCCAAUGGAUUUGAAGAACCAGGCCCCAGGGAGCAGGGACCAUCAAGCACAGAGCAAUAUUCCCAUUCUUCAUCAUUACCAUCCACACCUGUCCCUACUGAGGGUCAGAGUGAUAGAGAAGCUGAUGUUGGAUCAGUCCGGAGCACAACUGAUGGUGUUCAGAGUUUGAUACCACCCCUCCACAUGCAACCUUCUUCUAGUGUCAAUCCCAUCUCCUCCACUCCUCCCUCUCUACACUCCAUCAGCCAUCAACCUCCUCGUUCACCAAAGGAGGAGGAACCUUGUCCCCUCCGUAAUCCAUCUUCACCCCUGUUGCUGAAAAAUGGGACUGUUGAGUCAGAAACAAAGCAUGUAAUACAUUCAGAUGAAGAUGACUCAGAGCCAGACUUAGGAAGUCCUCUUGUGAUCCAGGAGAGCCCUGAGUGUGAGAUGUCUUCCCCUCCAAAAUUCAAACACAGAGCAAGAGUACAGUCUCAUCCUCUACAUUUCCCCUCUCUGGAACCUCAAUUUGGGGAAAAGGUGUCGCCUGCAUCCCCCAGUCCUCCCCCCACAGUUUCUCAGCCACAAAGCCACACAAAUGACCUCCCCUCUGUCAGCAUAGACUCCAGAACAGAGGAGAAAUACCCUGAGCAUGUGAUUGAUGAGAGAGACUCACCUGAGAGCCCACCACCCAGUGAGACAGGUCUUAUAGUCGCCAAGAGAAGCAGUACCCCUGAUUCCUCUCAAAUGUCAAGUCAAGCAGCAAACUAUGAUAACUUUGAACAUCAAGAGGAGCCCUUGGAAACUGAGCCAAGAGAAGAAGAAGGGUCAGGAGAGGCUAAGGACUUGAUUGGAGAGAAGUCUGAGGAUGGGGAAAAUUUAACUGAUGAUGCUGACUCUAAGGAUCACGUGCCUGCUGAUGCAACAGAGACUCCAUCACGUCCUCUUAAAGUUAAGAUCAAAAUGUCCACCGGCAGUAUCACAAGAACCGUAACUGGUGCCACACCUAAAAGAGCUGGAAGAGUCACCCUGAAAGGUGCGGGUGCUUCAAAACCAUCACCGGAGCGUCAUUACACAAGAUCCAAGAGGGAGUUAGCACAGCAGUCUAAGACACUCCAGGACGCCAAAGACAAAACUGCAGCAGACGCUAAGCCUAAAGUUUCCUCCACAGCUGUCAGCAUCACUAAAACUGCAGCUCUACCCUCCAUCUCUGUCUCCUUGCCCAGAGUCGGCUCGGCUCGCAGCCUGGCUUCCAAAGGUCUGCACAGUGGGAUGACACUACCUGCUUCAUCACCUCUGCUUCCCCUGCAAGGCAGCAGCAGACCGGCCUCUAUAGUUAACAGCACAGGGGCAAUCAUAUCAAAAAGCCAGACCAACCUGGUGGAAGCUUUCAAUAAGAUCCUCAACAACAAGAACCUGCUGCCCAGCUACAAACCAGACCUGAGCUCCCCUCUUCCUGCAGAAUGGGGCCUUCCUCUACCUGCACAGGGUUACCGUUGUUUGGAGUGUGGUGAUGCCUUUGCCCUGGAGCAGAGUUUAGUGCGGCAUUAUGCCCGGCGCUCGCUGAGGAUUGAGGUGACCUGUAAUCACUGUGCAAAGCGUUUGGCCUUCUUUAACAAGUGCAGCCUGCUUUUACACGCCAGAGAGCACAAGGAGCGAGGUCUGAUCAUGCAGUGUUCACACCUGGUCAUGAAACCUGUACCUAUGGAGCAGAUGAUCAGUCAGCAGGAACCCACGGCUGUAGGAACAUUAGCAUCUUCUUCAGGUGGGAUCCCCUUAAACCCUACUGCCUCCUCACAUACAGCAAUGUCCCACAAGAAAGCAGAGGCAGCGCAGUACAUGAGUAAUACAUGUACUGAGUGUCAGACUCAAUUCAGCAGCAAAGACGAGCUAGCCGGGCAUUUUCAAGAAAUCACAUCAGCACAGACCACGCCAUGCACUAAAUGUUCUCCCUCCAUGCUCCUGCCAAAUAGCUGCAGUGCAGCAGCUCAUCAGCGCAUCCACCAAACCAGCCCCCCUCACAUCUGCCCAGAGUGUGGAGGAAACAUCAAGCAGCCUCUCUUUCAAACACAUCUAGAUCAAAUCUGUUUGCAUUUUUCACGCCGCAUUGGUUACAGAUGUUCCAGCUGCCUGGUGGUGUUUGGAGGCCUUAACUCUGUGAAGUCCCACAUCCAACAGGCUCAUUGUGACAUGUUCCACAAGUGCCCCAGCUGCCCCAUGGCAUUUAAAUCUGCUCCCAGCACACAGAGCCACAUCAGCUCCCAGCAUCCCACGCUCACUAAUGGACAGACAAUGUACACAGAAACAUCUGAUUUUGUUAUUUUGAAAAUGUUUUUCUUUUUCAUUGAUAAAUCUUUGUUUAAAUUCUUUGACAGGUUGAUCUAUAAGUGUGUCAUGUGUGACACAGUUUUCACAAACAAGCCUCUGCUGUACGUCCACUUUGACACUCAUUUGACCAAUCAGAAGGUGCAGGUGUUUAAAUGCCCAGAAUGCACCAAACUGUUUUCUCAGAGGAAUUCUCUUCUGGACCAUUUCAAGACUCACAAGACUCAGGUGUUGAAACAGGAGAUGCUCUCUCCUCCAGCAGCCUCCUCUCGUUCACAGCCUUCGGUAAAGUCUGAGAGCUCAGACGGGGACGAGUGGAUGGAUGUGGAUAAGGAGGAGAAAGUGAAGACGGAAAGGAUGAAGGCUCCCUCUGGGUGGAAGUGUGCGCCUUGCCACUCGCGGUUCACAGACCAGGAGGACUACAUUACCCACAUGGCUGACCAACAUGGCAAGAUGCUGAAGAAGUUUCCUUGUAACAAGUGUGAGAGCUCCUUCACCACCACGUCCAGUAUGAGACGUCACAUCAGGGAGAAACACAAAGUCACCAAUCGGGGCUUUCGCUGCCAAUUUUGUACUGAGGGCAAGAAAACGUUCAGCAGCAGAGCACUGUUGGAGAGGCACAUUCAGCUGAGACACAGUACAGAUGCUGGAAGCGUUGACAAACUCAAGGGAGGGGCAAAUGAGGCAGACAGUUCAUCAGAGCAGGACAGCAGUUUGGGGGCUCGCCGGAGACGCAGAGGAGCUGUGAGGAAGGAGCAUAACGAAGAUUCAGCAGACGGGGUGAGCCCCGCAAAGAAGCUGCACUCCUCCUCUGCUCCUUCUUCUUACUCUCAUCCCGAGUCCGGAUUCCGCUGUACGCCUUGCGGCUUCACCACAGAGGACCAGACCACGUUCCUGGAGCACAUCAGCCAGCACCGAGGCGGGGCAGAGGGCGGCAGUCAGCAGUGUCAACAGUGCGGCGCCUGCUUCACAUCCACCUCCUCCCUGGCUCGCCAUCGUUUCAUCACACACAAAAUCAGAAACGCAUUUAAUGAAAACCAGCAGCAGUCUGUGAGCACACACCAUGCACCUUCUCCUGGUAACAUAAGGAACCAUGAUGAUAAGAGUUCUUUGGAUGAUUCUGCACCUGCAUCGCCCUCCUCUGUAGCCCCAGGGGGAGAGGAAAAGGACUUACUGACAUGUAAGGUAUGCAGGAAGCAAUUUGAAAAGGCAUCAGAUCUAAAUACACACUUCAGAACUCAUGGUAUGGCUUUUAUUAAUGCAAGAAAUGCUGGAAAAACGUCAUAAAUGCAUUACGUGGGGUAGAACAGUGCUAUUAGGGUAUGAAAGAACAUUUGCUAAUGCCUUAUUUAUAAUCAUCAGAGUGUUGGUUUCUACACCUAUGCACUAAUUAAACCAAAGAUCUUCAUUAGAGUUUUUAUAAGGAGUGCAGAGUGGUUAUGACUGCUCAAGUUAACUUCUGCUUGUGACACUCAGGACAUGAUGCUGCAUUUCUGCGCUCAUAGUAAUGAGAUAUGAACUACUGUAUAAACAAGUAGUCAGUCUGACUACUUCGCUUUUUAAAACACAUAUAGUUAAAGUUUACUGAAGAGGACUGUGAAUGUUGGAACCAAAUUAUACUGUGAUGAAAGUUUGAUUCAGUGAAUGUUGAUAGACGAUAGAUUGUGCAUGCUUUGAUUUAAUUUUCAUCAUACAAAGGUGACUUUAACUGUGUGGCUGUAUGCACAUCUAUAUAAAGUCACUUACAUUCUUUGUAUCUUUGGAGGAUGUUGGCGGUAAAAGAUAAAUUAGCUCAGUGCUAUAAAUUUAGCAAACUUAAUGCCAGCCAAUUUUAAACUAAUACUUUAAAUAGAAUCAAAACUGUAUAUUGUAAUCUUCAGGACUUUUGUUAAAUAUCUGUUACUACUUGUCUCUACUUUUAACCAGAUGUGUUGACACAAGUAACAAGUGCUGUCCAGCAGUGAUUGAUCUGCCCCAUAGACAAGGCAGUAGAGCCCUGUCUACCACUAAAUCAUAUGAAAAUGUUUAUUAAGGCAUGGCAAACAAAGAAAAGACACCUGAAACACCAAACAACAGAAACACAAUUUACAUUCAGAUAAAAAUGUUAUAACAAAGUAAUCAAAGACUCAGUGAGGAUGUGGUUUGGAUCUCUUUCAUAGUGAUAUCAAUGAAUAUACAAUAUAAAUACUCCUCUGCAGUCACAGCAUUAAAUGAACCGAGAUCUUAUCUAAACAUUUUAGGAUUUGGAUUAUUUUUUAUUCACAGGGGCUUAAAUUCUGAAGAAAGUAAUUUCUGACCCCAUAAAAGUCUGUAACUGCCUCACUGUCAAACUCAAGACUGCUGGUUUUAAUUAUAUUCUGUGGGAAAUGCUUUUACACAGAUUGAGGAUAGUGAUUUACAAUCCUUAUCGAAGAAAUUAGGUUAGUUCAUGCAGGACACGGUAGUCAUACACCCAGCCGUGAUCAGCUGACAACCAACUGAUCCCAAUUAUCGACUCCUAGCUCCCACAGCCAAUCACAGGUCUUUCUCGCAACACAGC